AUGCAAUUUCUUUUCAUACCAAAGAGAACCAAAACAGUAGUGUUUUUCAUAGCUCUCCGGAGAUUAUUAUGCGUUUUAGAGCGGAGGAACUUGGAGAAAUUACAACAGCGACUACUUCGUUGCCAGACGGACUCACAAGAACUGUUAAAACGUCGUGCAGCUGUGCUAAACUUUUUGAAUUCCCUAGGCCGGAGAAGAUUGAAGUCGUUGAAAGAUCUGGAAACUCACAACGAGCGAAUUGAGCGUGUUCGAGCCAGUUAUCUUCGGGAACUUUUGCAUUCCCAUCUUGUUGUUGAUCUCUCCCCGGAUGUGGGGUCCCCUGACACAUUUUCUGGAUCGGGUCUGCACUUAGACAGAGAAAAUAUAUUCAUUGGCCCGGAGCCACUGCUGUCCAGUCACACAGUACUGACCUACUGUAUACCAGCUAUUCGGGCAGCAGCUUUAUUUACCGAUUUGUGGAUCCCAGCGAGCAUCCAACAGCAUCUCCAACUAGAUGGAUCGUUUCUUACGGGGCUGCCACAAAGGGAUGAUCUUGGGCGAGUAUAUUCAGCCGUUCUGCAUGCGGUUCACAUGCUGUGCUCAUGUCGUCUGGUUGAUGUCCGGUCGGUUUUGGAACGAGCAGGUAGAACACUACCACCCAACCAUUCGGUGUUUAAUCCUUUACUUGGACUGUUUUGCCUUGCCCGAUUCACCCAGCCCAGGCAAGUUUUACCAUUACAAAGUCCAUGGUACAAUCACCUUCUCUAA